AUGGGCCUGAGUUUGGAGCUCUCAAACAGCCCAAAACUUCCACUUCUUGGACCAUCAAUGGGCCUCAUGAAGACUCGUAACCAUCCAUACUACAACCCGCUCAACAAGCCCCAGGCAUUCGCUUGGCUUGGCCCACUUAAGCUUGUAGCGUGGCUUGGUGCCAAGAUAAAGGUUUUCCGCCUGGCGUUGCGUGUUAUUUAG